CUUUAUCAAAAGCAACAAGAAAGAACACUUCUUCUCCGCGUCGCAGAGGCAAAACCAAAAAAUAGAAGUAAUUAAACAUCGCUAUUGGAAGAUGAUAAUCAUCAUGUGAUAACUUCUUCGGUCUCGAUGAUCUAAGUACUUCGUUGUAGGAGCCGUAAGUGUAGUAAAAGUAACAAGGAUUAUAUGCUUUUGAGACGACACUACGAUUUUACUACGCAGCAGCAGCUUGACGCUAGGCAGCUUAAGUUGGUAUAUUUCUGUUCUAAACCGCACUCUACUCACUUCCGCUGUUAAGGAGCAGGCCAAAACCAAGAAUCGCAAUGGACAGCCUGUUUGGUUCUGACGGCGAGCAGCAUCUUGCUGGUGGGACGGCGGUACCACCUCCAUCCUCGCUGCCCCCACAACAACUGCCGCCACCGAGUGCGCUUUCCGGCGGCGCCCUGCCGCCACCCGGGGCCUUGCUGGGCGGCCUGAGUGGCGGCAGAACGCCGAGUCAAUUCGCAGCUGGUGUGUCGAAUACCACUCCAACGAGCACGCCGUCGUCAGAAGCGCAGCAGUAUCAAACGGCUGCUACUGGUGGUGGUGCAGGAGGAGUAGCUGCCCCAGUACCGCCAGGGGCGGCCUCAACAUCUACUGCUGCAGUGGGCAGUACAACUUCAACUUCUACCGCGCAGCCGCCGAAACCGAAGUUCAUGCCCGCGCCACCACCAAAAACAGGAGGCGGGGCCCCGCCUGCACGAGCGAUACCGACCUCUAGUAAAAGCGAAUCAGAGCAAUCGUCUGCGACGGCAAAAAAUGCGAGCAACCCGAUGUUGUCGGCUCGAAGUCCUACUUCAGGUCAGCAGUCGAUGCGGGCGCCACCACCGGAUCCGCAGGGACAAGCGAACCCGUUUGGCGGUCCGAUGCCUGCUGAACCGCGCAACCAAAUCCCGGGGGCGGGGAUGGUGCAGGCACAGAUGGGCAAUGGUACGCCCAUGAACAUCACGCAGCCGCCACAGACCAGCUUCCCCGCGGCGCAGAGCAGUUUCGCUGCUGGUGGAGUUGCGCCAGGAGGUGCAGCACCUAUCCCUGCAUCGCAGCAGCAGGUAGAAAUGCUGUUCAUAGCAUGACGAUGAUCAUGAUGGAUUUAAGUGUGCACCAUCAUGAUGGACGUCGUGCUUACUUAAAUUGCACUUGAUAUACACCUUUUCCAGAACAAGAUGAAGUGAUCAUCAAGAUGUAUAUGCACUCAACUAAAAAAAGAGAAAUGUUCUGGCAUAACUGAAAAAAAACAUAGCUCCAGAACCCCGUCCCUCCAUCCAGCCUGCAGCAAAGUGGACCGUCACCUUCGUCUUAUGCGCAGCAGCAGCAGCAGCAACAGCAGCCUCCCUCAGCGACAUCAUCUUUUCCCGGUGGUCCCGUGCCCCCACCGCAGCAGCAGCAACCGCCCUACAACAACCCAGGAGCAGCUGCCCCGCCCAGUUUUCAUCAGCAGCAGCCCCUCCAGCAGCAGGCUGUACUACCCCAGCACCCUCCGGCUCCUGGUGGUGCGAUGGCAAACGGGGGCUACCCAUCCGCCACUGCCCCCUCCACCCGCCGACCGGGUGUCGCCUGCACGUUUGGGUUUGGCGGUCAGUUUUUCGUGGGAACGGGUGCAACGGUGAAAGAGUACCAGUUGGGGAAGGGGUUGAAGCAAUCCGCGACCACCUCCCGGCUGUACGCGUCUCUGGAGGAAUACCCGGGCCCGCUGGGGCAAACCAGCAAGGAAAACACGGCGAAGGUUUUGGAGUACGUGCAGAACCAGACCAGGGGAUUCCUGCAAGCUGGAAGCGAGGAACCGCCCUGGUGGGAGCAGAUGAUGCCAGGGAGGGAAACCCAGACUGCGAUCAACGACCAGGACGGGUUUUUGCCGCAACUUCAUGCGGACGUGGCUUUCUCCUGCAGAACCUUGUGGCUCUUCUUGCAGUUACUGUUAGAAGCGAACGGAAGAAUGGAAACCGCCGCUGCAAACUUCGUGGAUGCGUUCGGAAAGCCGUUUGCGCCGACAGUAUUGAAGAUGCUGAGUUCCUCGCUAUUUCUUCGUUGGACUUUGAAGUCAAAUAGUGAUGACAGAGGCAGCUGUGCUGUUGAUUUAAUCAAUUUUUGAAAUCAAGAAAAACAAAAAUGGACGUGAAUCUGCAAAAACUUUGCAGAUAGAGCAGCCGCACCAUUCUCCGCUGCAGAAGUUUGCGCGGUACCUAGCCUUUGGGAGUUACCAGAAAGCGCUGGAACUGGCGGCCGCAGCCGGGCUCUGGUCGCACGCACUCAUCAUCGCGCCGCUGGUUUCGAAAGAGGUAGCAGAUUUUGUACAGUGAAUUUUGUUUGGAGAUGAUUAGAGUGAUGUGUACGUUUAGUUUAUUUUGUAGCAGAAUUUUUUUGAUGCACAUGCACGGAAAACGAAACUUGUGUGUCCUCUGAGUCGUGCCUCAUUCCUCGAAGCCUAAUUUUUCCAGCUAAUCUCCAAAUAUUAGAUGAACAUAGACCGCAAUUCCAAAACCUUUCUCACAGAUCUACAGCCACACCGUGGGUCUUUUCUGUGCGCAGCUCCGUAGUGGCGGCAGUAACGGGAGUACCGUCGCGUCCGACGCGGAGAAGCAGGACGUCUUCGUCCAGGCGCUUUUCACCGUGUAUGGCGUUCUCAAACGUUACAUUCUCAACUGUUACAUGAUUUGUGAUGCAAAAAUGGCAAAACUGAAAGGAAGAAGAUUGCGCCUUUUGCAUGACAGAUUUGGCACAGAUUCUCAUCCUGUUUGUCCCUUCGGGAAUUUGUCAUGCGAAGUAGCUUGGUCGUGUCGAUUACGAUUGGAAUUUUGCAUGACAAAUCAUGUAACAGUUGAGAAUGUAACAGUUGAGAACGCCAUACCGUGUACGACAUUGUCGGCUCCGGGAAAAUUCCGCAAACCACCUCGACAUCCACCGUUCCCUGGAUUGUCACCAUGUUCACCGCGGUUUCGUUACUCAAACGAGAACGGGAAAAAAGCUGCGAGGAUCUACUGACCAAAUUAGCUUCUGAAGUCGGCGCGAAGGACCCCUUCGCGAGUCACGUGAUACUACUGCUAUCCAACAACAGCUCAGCAAGCGGCAAUAACAAGGACGGCCCGAUCUCGCCCGGCCCCGUGGACUCCCCUGCCACGAAGAUCGCACUCCUGGGGAUCGAACACAAAAGGACGGAGAACUUCAAGGACAUGCUGUGGUCGUCCUACGGGCUGCAGUUGUCCGAGGUGUUCGAGUACGCGAGACGGCUGGAAAACCCCCAGAACUUGUCCUUUUCGAUCCAACCCUGGAAAAUGUCCUACGCGUAUGUUUUGACCGACUACGCGAUGCUCCACACGGCGCAGAAGUACCUGGACUUAUUGACCGAGUUCCGGAAGGCGGUGCCUUCGAGUAAAUACAGCGACGCGUUCCGAGUGAAAACGCGGGAGCUGACGGAAAGAUUGCAGGCGACGCACGCGACGGGCGGAGGUUCUGGGGGUUAUCCAAACGGCGGAACAUCCCAGUUGCACCCGUCAGCGUCGUUUGACAGCGACGGCAACAACCCGAAGUUUUUUGGGAACAUUGGAAACAAAUUUCGGGGAUUGUUGGAAACGACCGGUUUGAAAACCAAGCCAAUCGGCGACCCGGCGCUCGGGGGAGGCGGGGCACCACCAAUUGCAGCUGCACCCGGUGGAAUUACAUCAAAUCUUUCGCCGCCCGCGAAUGCGCCGCUGCCGCAGCCAGAUGUCGGCGGAAUGGUAACGGGGGGUGGAAAUCCAAAUCCAACAACUUCAUUUUCCGCAACGCCGCAGCCGCCGAUUGGAACAUCAAAUGUUGGUCAACAACACACAGCUGCACCGCCGCCCACUGCAAACGGCAAGACCGCGCCACCGCCUAUGGGUUCUUCGCCGAGUGGGCUCCAGAAUCCACCAACAGCAAAUAACUUCAACAACAACACCGCAAGCGCAGCAGCAGGGACAGCUCCACAGCAAGGUGGACAACAGCGGCAGAGCCAAGCACCAGUAGCGAAUGGGCGAAAUAAUAAUUCAGGAGCUCCUCCACCGCAAACCGAGCGUGGACCGCCCCCGGCGCAACCGACCGGAAGCGGACCCUUUGGUGGUGGUGGCCCUGCAGCUAUGCCAGAAAAAAACUAUGUGAGUGUAAGUCUGUGAUGCAGAAAUUGCAAAACUGUUACACUUGUCAUGCUGGAUCUGCGUCAUAGGCUACUUUCAUACGUGUUUCAACGUAGUAGCUGCGCAUGACAGAUUUUCCCUGUAAUGCAAAACGAACUUGUGAUGCUGCUCUUCCUACAAAGUUUAAGUUACACUUACACAGUUUUUUUCCUGGAUAGCGGCGCAACCGCAGAUGCCGGCUGUCAGUCCGUACGGAAGUAGCUCCGGCUCGCAGAUGGUGCAGCAGCAGCCGGGAGGUAUGUAUGGAAUUGGUACUUCUGGCGUUCCACCACCGGCACAAAAUGUUGCCGGAGGGCAGCACCAGCAAAGCAUGUAUACCCCCACCGCUCCGCCACCACAGAAAGGCCAGCACCAGCAGCAGCCACCGGUCUACAUGCAGGAUCAGUCCACUGCUCAGCCGUCGCCCUAUGGGGCGGCUGCGAACGGCGCAAAUGGAGUUGGUACAUCUGCCGGCAAUCCGUAUAUUAAUCAACAGCAGGCGAUGAACUUGAACCCAUAUGGACAUAUGCAGCCCCCGCCAACUAUGGGGCCCCCGACCUCUCAAGGAGCUCCAAACCCGUAUGGAGGUGUGCAGCAACCACCUCAACAAAACCCCUACGGAGCCCCCCCGCCGAUGCAGCAAGGCGAUCCGUACGGAAUGAACAACCAAUAUGGACAGCCACCGCAGCAACAUGGCGGGUACGGUCAACCACCAGCGAACAACCAAUUUGGCGGAGGGGGUGGCUUUAAUAACGGCAAUGGUACAUCAGGGGGUCCACCGGGAGCAGGUGGUCAACAGCAGAGGAGGCCCCAGCAACCCGGAGAGGAUUUUGACGAUCCGCUGAUUAACGCGGGAAAGUACUUGUGGAGCGGCAUCACGGGAGCGGUAUUAUAAAAUAAUUUUAGAUACAUGAUGAUGAUCAGAUCAGGGUGAUGAAUUAAACAUGGUGGAUUCUCUCUGUGAAGCAGUAGUGGCAAAAUUCAUCCCUCAACACAUACUAUACAACAGGUUAAGACGGCCAAGAACACGGUGCAAACCGCCCUUGCCGAAGGUAACACUCCACGAAACCAGGGCCAGCAGGCUCAGCAGCCGCAAGCAGAUAUGACCUGCUCAAACGUUACAAUCCGAAACGUUACAAUAGAAUUUGGAAAUCUGUGAUGCAAGAAGUGCAUGAUCUAGCCAAAUCUCAUAGGACUGCGCAUGACAAGUUCCGAAGUCCCAAACCGCGCUACAAUCUGCCGAAAUUUGUGUUGCAGAAAGUGGCAUGGUCUGCGAGUCUGUCAUGCUCAUUAUGCAAGACAAAUUCCAGCAGACUCUAUUCUGUAACGUUUGAGAUUGUAACGUUUGAGAAGGCCAUAGCAGAAGUGCCGGAAUUUUACUACGACACGAACCUGAAACGGUGGCUCAGAAGAGGGCAGGAGCAGGUAAGAAGGUUUUUUCAUCGGUUGCUCAAUUUACCAGUGCAGCUUUGUUGUAGUGCGGUGUUCAAUCAUGAUGUAUCUAUAUGUUGAUGAAGAAAGGGGCAUUACUAUCAAUCUCUGUCUUGCGUGCUAUGCAUGAGAAACAUCAAUGAAAACUGCACAACAAACUCAGGCCUCGAUCGCCGAAGCGGACAAGUAUGACCCGCUGACGGGGCGCUUAAAGCAGGAAGACUUGUCCAACAUCGCCCCACCGCCCACCGUCGCGCAAAUGAGUAGCUACAUGCCGCAGGGCGGGCACCAACAGGUCCGAACACAGGGCAGGUACGUCGACGUCUUAGCGAGUCAGGGCAGGGCGAAUACGUUUCGAUAGAUCGAUGCUGGUUCUUGGGCCGCCGCGAACGACGGGGACCACGCAUGAUUGUUGAAAAGCGUGGUCUCGGGAAGAGUUUUUGUCAUACCUGAAAUAUAUAGAAGAAGCGAGUAGUUCUAGUUGGUGACACUUCUUUCAUUCACCAUCGUAGAGGACUUUGCUAUAGAGAAAAAGAAACUUUGAAUUUAGUUUGUUUUGCUACGAGCGACACCUUUCCUGUUAAAAGCGACGUGUUCAUCAUGGCGAGGAAAGGAAUUCCCAAAAUACAAUAUGAUGUUCUUCCCCCCAAGAAAAUCGAGAACGAGUAUAAUGUUACUUCUAGGAUCAUCGAGGAAACAGGAACAGCACUAAAAACAGUACUACCCGUGGAAGCUCUACUGUUGAACCUCGAUUGUGAUUUCGAAGAAACAAUAAAUUCUUUACAUCAAGUUCCAAUUGCUUGCGAGCUGUGUUUUUGCCGUUGCGUUGGUUGGUGUGAAAGCGAACGCGAAGCUUCUAAAAGAGUUUCUAAAAGUGUUCUACUUGUUCGUCAUCUUUCGACCGAAUCGCCGAUAUUGAUGAAUGGACGCAGGAACAACUUCGACGAAGGUGAUGAAAAACAAGCGUCCCUCUGCUAUUCUGCGCCAUGAAGUUGUAGAGACCGAUUCGCUUUCCGAAUCCGAAUGCUAUCCCUAACAGCGCUACUGCGACAGAGCGCGAGAAGCAAGUACAAGUAGAAAAUGAAAUAGCGAACUGCUUCUGGUUUUUGUAAUCUUCCGAUCGCGGUGUAAGAAUUUUUGAAAUGCAGCACCAGGCAACAUGGCAUGGACAGCACGCAGCAGUGGAUUUGAUGCAUACAUGAUCUGCUUUACCAUUACCACACAGCAUCCGCUACCAAAGAAAUACAAGAU